CUAUAUAUCGAUAUUAUACGGCAAAAUAACUGGCUGUGCUGGUCACACCUUUUGCACACGUUUUCAUCUGUGAGUGCGAUUUGCAUGAGGAGCUUGAAAACUUAGCUAUAAACACGAAUAAGCAGCAUGCCGGAACAGAAACAGCCAAACAGCACCGAUUCGCCAGCCGGUGAUGGAGGCCCACCAAAGACGGCCAAACAAUUGGAAAAGGAGGCAAAGAAAGCGGAGAAAUUGGCCAAAUUACAGGCCAAGUUGGAUAAAAAGGCUUCAGCAGCACCAGCGGCAGGAGAAAAGAAGGAAAAAGCCGAGAAACGCACCAAAGAAGUCAAAGAAUCAGCAGUUUAUACCGCCAGCACAGCUCCUGGCGAAAAGAAGGAUAUCAGCGGAGCACUUCCCGAUGCAUAUAGUCCACGGUACGUGGAGGCCCAGUGGUACAGCUGGUGGGAGAAGCAGGGGUUCUUCACACCCGAAUAUGGCCGCGAUUCUAUUGAUGCCCCUAAUCCGAAUGGGAAAUUCAUCAUGGUCAUACCGCCUCCGAAUGUUACGGGCUCCCUUCAUUUGGGUCAUGCCUUGACCAAUGCCAUUGAGGAUGCCAUCACGCGCUAUCACCGCAUGAAGGGACGCACGACAUUAUGGGUGCCGGGCUGUGACCAUGCGGGCAUAGCCACGCAGGUGGUCGUUGAGAAGCUACUUUGGCGGGAAGAAGGCUUGUCCCGGCACGAUCUGGGGCGCGAAAAAUUCAUUGAGCGCAUAUGGGACUGGAGACGUGAAAAGGGCGGUCGCAUCUAUGAUCAACUAAAGGCUUUGGGUUCCUCCUACGAUUGGACGCGCGUAAACUUUACCAUGGACCCGAAGCUGUGUCGCGCCGUUACGGAGGCUUUUGUGCGUCUGCACGAACAGGGAACCGUUUAUCGUAGCUCCCGCUUGGUGAACUGGUCGUGCUCACUGCGCUCCGCCAUCUCAGAUAUUGAAGUGGACAAAGUGGAACUGCCCGGCCGUACAUUCCUAAGUAUUCCGGGCUACGAUGAGAAGGUGGAGUUCGGCGUGCUCAUCAAGUUCGCCUACAAGGUGGAGGGCAGCGACGAGGAGAUCAUUGUUGCCACCACUCGCAUCGAGACCAUGCUGGGUGAUACGGCUGUUGCAGUGCAUCCACUGGACGAACGCUACAAGCAUUUGAUUGGCAAGCAUGUGGUGCAUCCGUUCUGCGAUCGCCGCCUGCCCAUUGUCAGCGAUGAGUUUGUGGACAUGAGCUUUGGCACGGGCGCCGUUAAGAUAACUCCCGCCCACGAUCCCAAUGACUACGAGGUGGGCAAACGCUGCAAUCUGCCCUUCAUUACCAUAUUCAAUGAUGACGGCUUUAUCAUUGGCGACUAUGGCGAGUUCACGGGACUUAAGCGUUUCGAUUGCCGAAAACGGCUGCUGGAAAAGCUUAAGCAAUUGGGACUCUACCGCGAAACACUGAAUAAUGCCAUGGUUGUGCCCAUUUGCAGUCGUUCCAAGGAUGUGGUGGAGCCACUCAUCAAGCCGCAAUGGUAUGUCAGCUGUGCGGAUAUGGCUGCCGCUGCCACGGAAUCAGUGCGGUCUGGUGAGCUAAAGAUUUUGCCGGAGCAUCACACCAAGACCUGGUAUCAUUGGAUGGAUGGCAUACGGGACUGGUGUGUCUCGCGGCAGCUCUGGUGGGGUCAUCGCAUACCCGCCUAUCAUGUGAGCUUUAAUGAUGCCAGUAUUAAAGCCAGCACGCCCGAUGAUGAACAGUAUUGGAUCGUGGCACGUAGUGAAGAGGAGGCCUUGAGCAAGGCGGCCACACGCUUUGGCGUGGAUGCCAGCAAAAUUGUGUUGCAGCAGGAUGAGGAUGUGCUGGACACCUGGUUCAGUUCCGGUCUGUUUCCGUUCUCCGUGUUCGGCUGGCCGGACAACACAGUUGAUUUGCAGACGUUCUAUCCCACGUCCCUAUUGGAGACAGGACACGACAUUCUUUUCUUCUGGGUAGCGCGCAUGGUCUUCUUCGGCCAGAAGUUGAUGGGAAAGUUGCCUUUCAAGGAGGUAUAUUUACAUCCAAUGGUGCGUGAUGCUCACGGACGCAAAAUGUCCAAAUCGCUGGGCAAUGUUAUCGAUCCCAUGGAUGUGAUUCAUGGUAUUUCAUUGGAGGGCCUGCACAAGCAACUCAUUGGCUCCAACUUGGAUCCCCGUGAGAUUGAGAAAGCCAAACUGGGUCAGAAACAGGACUAUCCACAAGGCAUACCCGAGUGCGGUUCGGAUGCGCUGCGCUUUGCACUGUGUGCCUACAUCACGCAAGCUCGUGAUAUUAAUCUGGAUAUUAAUCGCGUGCAGGGCUAUCGAUUCUUCUGCAACAAGCUUUGGAAUGCCACGAAAUUCGCCCUGCUUUACUUCACCGGCGAUGAGCUCUACAACACCCAGGUGACAAUCUCAAAUCAAUCGAAUCAAAUGGACACCUGGAUUCUGUCCCGAUUGGCGGCCACUAUUGAGGCAUGCAAUGCUGGAUUUGAAUCCUACGAUUUCGCGGCCGUAACCAGUGCCUGCUAUGCGUUCUGGCUGUACGAUGUGUGUGAUGUCUAUUUGGAGUGCCUGAAGCCCAUCUUCCAGAGCGGUAAUGCCGAGCAGCAGGCUGCAGCUAGGCGCACAUUAUAUGUGUGCCUGGACUAUGGCCUACGUCUGCUCUCGCCUUUCAUGCCCUUCAUUACCGAGGAGCUGUUUCAGCGUCUGCCACGGGCAGACACCACGCCCAGCAUUUGCGUAGCCAGUUAUCCAACGAAUACCAGCUGGCGCAACCCUCAGGUCGAAUCGGAUGUGGAAUUCGUACAGAAGGCAGCGCGUGUGAUACGCUCCGCUCGAUCCGACUACAAUUUGCCCAACAAGACCAAGACGGAAGCCUACAUUGUGUGCACAGAUCCAGCGCCCAAUGCGAUACUCAAGCGUUAUGCCAGCGACUUGGCCACUAUUGCCUACUGCUCCACUGUGGCAUUCGAUACUGCACCGCCCGCUGGCUGCGCCAUACUCACCAUCUCGGGACAGUGUGAAGUGCAUUUACUGCUCAAGGGCCUGAUCGAGGCGGACAAGGAGAUUGCCAAGCUGCAGAAGAAACGCGAUCAACUGGAACAGACCGUCAGCAAACUCAGCCAGGCCAUUCAGGCCUCCGACUACGCCACCAAGGUACCUGCCGAGGUGCAAGCGGCCAAUGAUACGAAGCUAACCGAAUCCCGUACCGAAAUCGAACGCAUUGCUGCUGCCAUCAAGACGCUGAAGCUAAUGUGAAUCAACUAAUCCUUGGGUGCACAGUCUGAGCUGCAUUUUUGUUGAUAUUCUAUGAAUUUCUGAUUCUUUAAACCUUUUUAUUAGCUAAAAUUUAUAAAAUAUGUGCUAAUUUAUUAAAUGCAAGACAUGAUUUUUAAAAGAGAAAAA